UGUGUGUAAGAAAUAAAAUAUCAGGAAUAAAUGAGCAGUAGUAAAGUCUCCCCUCACUCUGACCUCAGCCUGAACCCUUAAAAUUAAUGAUCAAACUGUCUGGUUGGCGUUUUAUCAAGCACUCCAUUGGAUUUAGUCCACUAGAGGGACCAUCUUCAGGUAACUGGUCACUAUAAUCUUACUGAGCACGAGUUCAGAUUGCAAGAUAUGUCAACACAAACGGAGUAUCGCUGUUCGUUGCUUGAAUUGUUCUUGCGCAUGUAAACUACACUGCAACUGAUAGCGUCGGAUAAGUGAUCCACUUUCUACAACGCAUGGCUACUAAGGCGGUAGAUUUUUCAGCGACCUGCAUGGCGUCCAGUUUCUCUUGGGUACGGUUGCUAUGGUGACUGUAAACAUUCUGCGGGAGCAUGCAUGGUUGUCAUGGGAACUGCCAGCGGGAGCAUGAAGGAAGCCGGUCUGAGCGAGUCUAUGGACAGAGGGGUCGAGUCACUGGGGACGUGACAACAUUAGAUUGCCAUAUACGUUAUGACACCUGUGUGAGGAAAAUGCAGCCAAUGCCAGUAUUACACUCAGUGGCCCCAGCAGAAGGAAGGCUACGUCGUACUGUGCCAAGUCUCCCGGCAAUCAAGCCAGACAGGAUAAAAAGAGCUAAAUCACUGGUGGAGAAAGCCCUUAAGUUGCGGAAAGUGUUUUCAGUGCAGGGACCUUAUCCUGUGAUCCGUGCUGCCUUAUGGGCCAGAGGGUGGGUGGAACGUCGUUUACCCCCUCUGGUACAGAGAGCACCUCAUGGUCAUGGGGAUGAGGAGGAUGAUGGCGAUGAUGGUGAUGUUUGUCCUGAUAUCACUGAGGGGAUGGAUGAAGGUGAGAAAGAGGAGAACCUUGAUGACAUGUAUGACCUCAUGUCUCGCCUUGUACGAAAUGAAACAACGUACUUCUACUGGACGACACGACGGGAUCUCAUCGACUGUCAGUCUCUACGGAAAGAACAAAUGACCAAUCACUACGCUAAUGCUGGAACAUUUACCACUAAGGUUGGACUCUGUGUGAAUUUGCGUAAUCUUCAGUGGUUUGAUUCAGCAGAUCCCGACACGUUCUUCCCAAGAUGCUACAGACUCGGGGCAGAGGAUGAAAAGCAUGCAUUCAUAGAGGACUUCAGGAGAACAGCAUGCACCAGCCUGCUGCAGCAUGUGGUCGAAACAAGUAGACAGAGGAAAGACAGAGCUAAGGAUGAAGAGGAAAAAGCCAAAAAUAGUGUGUCCGAGGAGUUGGAAAAUGUAGAGCAUCAAAUUGUGGGUCCAGGGAUGAUUGACACAGCUUUACAUGUGUGCCAAGAAUUUCUCACCAUCUUGGAGCAUGGUGAUAUUGAUUUGGAAACAUCCCCUUCUGUGGAGGAACAACAGUGGGCAGAGUUUCUGCCAGAAUACUACAUGGUUGUGCAUGAGGGUGCGUUGAUCAGGGGUGGCAGUGCUUAUGUGGAUCGAUGCCAGGACAUGCUAACAAGAUUGCAGGAGGCAUGUCCUCAACUAGACACAGACGGAGUAAAUAACAUCUGGAUCAUCAAACCAGGGGCCAUGUCAAGAGGCCGAGGAAUUAUAUGCAUGAAUCGACUGGAUGAGAUUUUGGCACUUGUGGACAAUGACAGAGCACUGAUGAAGGAGAGUAAGUGGGUGGUUCAGAAAUACCUUGAACGACCUCUGCUGAUCCAUGGCACCAAGUUUGACCUUCGUCAGUGGUUCCUCGUCACCGACUGGAAUCCUCUUACAGUCUGGUUCUAUAGAGAGUGUUACCUGCGGUUCUCCACUCAGCCAUACUCAACAAAAAUCCUGGACAGCUCAGUCCACCUGUGCAACAACUCUAUCCAGAAACACUUCCAGCCAUCUCGUGAUCGCCAUCCAGAGGUGCCUGAGGACAACAUGUGGUCUUGCUCUCAGUUUAGGUCUUUUCUGCAACGCCAGGGCCGUGAAGGAGACUGGGAGUCUGUAGUGGUCCCUGGCAUGCAGCAAGCGGUGGUCCGUGCCCUGCAGACAGCACAGGACCUGGUGGAGCCCCGUAAGGCCAGCUUUGAGCUUUAUGGGGCAGACUUUAUGCUGGGCAGAGACCUGAGGCCUUGGCUUCUAGAGAUCAAUGCCAGUCCAACAAUGGCCUGUUCCAGCACUGUGACCGCUCGACUCUGCCCUGCUGUGCAGCUGGAUACACUGAGAGUAGUGCUGGACCGGCGGGCUGAUCCUAAUGCUUACACAGGAGGCUUUGAGCUUAUCUACAAACAGGCUGCAGUUGAAGUUCCUCAGUAUGUGGGGGUGAACCUGCUGGUAGAAGGGGCUCCUAUAAGGCGAUCUAGACCUCUACUCAAACAGUCUUUCAUUUCCAGUCUACCUCUCACCAUCCAGUUCUCCUCAGACCAGUCAUCUACAGAAGAGCUGGAAGCAACUCGUAAACCAUCAGGUCAGAAGGCCUACUCACGGUCAGCUAAUCGGCAUUCAGAUAAGGAGAACAGAGCUAUCGGAGAGAAAAAGAGGCAGCUGAAAUCGACAUCUCCUAAGAGGGAGCCUGAGGGGAGGGCAGGGUUUCAGAUGAGCUCCUGUGUCUGCAGGCCCCGUCACAGUCUGAUACCUGAACAACCCUCGGUGAUACACACUGAACCUCAGAGAAAAGCACGGCGUUUGGGGUUAAGCCUAAGUAGCAAUGGGGCAACUGUUGUACCCCGAAGCAUCUCCUUUUCUCUGGGCCUCCCAAACAGCAUGUCAGACGGUAAAGCCAAGUCAAAACCAAGCCAUGGAUCUCACAUUUCCAAAUCCUUCCUUCCACAUUCAGCUUCUGAACCCCAGCACAAGACCUCUGCUCGAGUAUUUCCUUCACUCCAGGGUCCGCUUCCUUCACUGGAGGUUUUUAGUCUGAGGCCAAACAUUGUGGCGGGUACCGCACCCCGUCACAAUCCAAAUCUUUCCUCUCUCUCCAGCUACCACAGGAAUUGGUUAUUUGUCCUUCCAUAUCGACAAAGCACAGCCAAAAGUAAAGUUGACUGCAGAGUUGAACCAAAACACUAGUGUAUCUGUGUUACAAGAAAGGAAAGAUAAUCUGUACACACUGUAUUUUUUUUUUACAUUUUUUAUUAAGCUUGGAUUAAUAAAACACAUCACGGUCCCAUAUAGUGGAGGUUAAAUAUUAUAAGUCCAAAUGUGUUGACAUUUUGGGAUGACUAUAACAUGGUUCAGACUGUAAUGGCUCACAGUAUAAAUAAUACUGCAAAUCAAACACUUCUUGCUGCAAAUAAAUCACUGGAGAUGAUUUAGGGAAAAAAAGUUGGGGUGCAUGUAUAUUAAAUGGUCCAAACACAUGUUGAAUUAA